ACCUGCGGAUAUUCGAAAUUUCGGUCGGAAAUAUAAUUAAAAUCGAAAAAAAAGUACUAACAAAUUCAUAAAGGAAAGAACGGAAUAUCGAUUGCGAAUUCUUAUCAAUCGCAUAGUACGUUUAAUAUGCUUUGAAACAAUGAAGGUUGAUUUUGAUUAUGACGCAUUUGUGAUCUGCAACCCAGAAGGAAAAGAUUUGGAAUUUGCAAAUAAAUUGGUGGACACAAUGCAAGCUUCACCUUACAAUUUGAAACUGUGCGCGCCGUGGAGGAACGCGGGGGCUUGCUCUCCUAACACCAGGGAAUGCACCAGAGACAGAUGUAGGAAAUUUUUAGUGGUAUUAUCGAACAAUUUCUACAAAAGCGAGGAAGCGGUUUCUCAUCUUCAUUUUGCCUUUAGCAUGUCACCAGGGUACAAGGAGAGAAGAAUUCUUCCAAUAUGUUUGGAGAGAUGCGAAAUUCCGACGUAUCUUCAACUUGUCACUAAGUUAGAUGUUAGUAAUUCAAGGACAAGAAAAUGGAUGUGGGAACAGCUAUACUUGUCGUUAAAACCCAGAGAAACAGGUACACAUUCGGAAGUAUGUGAACAACAACAUUGACUAUAUGUCCAGUCCACUCAAAAGUAGAUGCCGUUCAUGUAUUCUAUACGGAACUGAAUGUAAUUUUAUGAUGUACAAUUAAUAAUAAUGUGAUGGUUGUCAUUAUGUGCUCUUAUAGGCUCUUAACAAGUUACAUGUACAUUGUUAUCAGACCUGUGACAUUGUUUUAAAAAAGGGAGGAGGUGGACUUCCCCGAAAACGAAAUAUUGACCAGCAAAAAUUAAAUCAAAGGACCGUGGAGGGGGUAGUGUGUAGUAUCUGAAUCUUCUCUUGUAAUGUUAAUUCACCCUAAUGCCCUAUACUUAUACAUGCCCCCCAAUUACAGGAAGGGGGGGGGGCAUUCUAAAAAUGAAAAAAAAAAUAAACGUGCCUGCAUAUAAAUGGUUUUAAGAAGUAACUCUGUGUGGACAUGGUGGAUUAAGGUGGAUGACAUUGUGAUCAAUCUAAACUUUCAAACACAGAAUGCACGGCGAGACACAAGUCCUCACCGAAGUUGUAUGUAAAGAUUUUUUGUUUUUCAUUUUUCUAUGUAUUGAUAGUAUACCAAAUCGACAAUAAAGAUAAGAAAUA